AUGGAGUCAGACCUCUCAAAAGCCUUCCAGGAAGAGCUCAACUGCUUCAUCUGCAUGAGCUACCUUACAGACCCAGUCACCAUAAGCUGUGGCCACAGCUUCUGUCGAGCCUGCCUUCAUCUUUCCUGGGAAGACAGCCACGUUUCUGUCCAGUGUCCUAUGUGUAGAGAACCAUCCCAGCAGAAGGACUUCAGAACGAAUAUUGUUCUGAAGAAGCUGGUGUCCAUUGCCAGACAAGCCAGCCUCAAGAAGUACCUGAGCUCUGAGGAACAUAAGUGUGUGACCCACAAGGAGACCAAGGGGAUCUUCUGUAUGGAGAACAGGAUCUACCUCUGUCAACCCUGUUCUGACUCCCACGAGCACAGAGGUCACAGACACUGUCCCAUUGAAGCAGCUGCUGAGGGUCAAUUGGAGAGACUUCUGAAGCAAAUGGAAUCAUUAUGGGAGAAGAUCCAAGAAAAUGACGAGAAUCUGGAGGCAGAGAAAAGACUGAUAACUCUGUGGAAGAUCCGCUUGAUUAUAAGAGAAGAAAUGAUAAGGGCAAAGUACAGGAGAUGGUAUCCACUCCCCAGUAAACAGGAAGAAGAAAAUAUUGAGUGUAUGAAAAAAGAAGCCAAUUAUUAUUUAGAGAAACUCGGAAAAAGUGAAGCCAUGAUGGUCCAAAAAAGCAAACAAUUAAGAGAAGUGUAUCGAGAGCUGAUGGCAAUGUCUCAGGAGUCGUAUGUGGUACUGCUCCAGGAUUUGGAUGACAUAUUCAGAAGGAGUGAGUCAGUUCAACUGAGCAAGCCCCUGGCUAUGAAACCAGAACUCUAUGCCCUUGCCCUCAGUGGACUGACUGAAAGGUUCAACUAG